AAGAGGCAAAGCCACAAUCUUUAAUUGUUGCCUUUAUAAAGACCCAAAGGUUCACCAUUUCACUUCUCCUUUCUUCUUCCUUCCUUCCUUCCUCUUCUAUUACCCUUCUUGUUUCUGUUGCUUUCUCCAUCUUCCAUAAAAACCCAAUAAAGGGUUACUUCCUUCUUCAUAUUCCCUUUAAUUUUUUUCGUAGAAUUCUUGAGUUCAACUCAUAAUAUUAUUGUUUUUUUUUGUGUAUAAGAAGAAUCAUAGUGGAUUCUUGACAAGUGAAUGAGUAUAUUGUUGUUGGUGGGGUUUGGUGUUAGUACGUGGGAUUACCGUUUGGUUAUUCGGAGUUGGUGUCGGUGGGGUAACUGCGGUUGAUUUUUCUGAUUUGAUUUUCUUGAAAUUUGGUUCUUUUUUUUGAUCUGUGUUUAAGAUCGGUGACUUAGAGAAGAAAAGGGUGUUCGAAGAUAUCAUUAUCUUUUUUUUUUUUAAUUUUAAAGUCUUGAAAAAAGAUGCAGCAAGAUCAGCGCAAGAAGAGUUCCAAAGAAAUGGAGUUCUUCACCGAGUACGGCGAUGCUAAUAGGUAUAAAAUUUUGGAAGUUAUAGGCAAGGGAAGUUAUGGAGUAGUUUGUGCUGCACUUGACACUCAUACAGGAGAGAAAGUGGCUAUAAAGAAAAUAACUGAUAUUUUCGAGCACAUCUCUGAUGCAAUUCGAAUUCUACGUGAAGUCAAAUUGCUUAGACUGCUAAGGCAUCCCGAUAUUGUUGAAAUUAAGCGAAUCAUCUUACCACCUUCUAGACGAGAGUUCAGAGAUAUUUAUGUUGUUUUUGAGCUUAUGGAGUCUGAUCUUCACCACGUCAUUAAGGCCAACGAUGACUUGACAUCGGAGCACCACCGGUUUUUCCUCUAUCAGAUGCUGCGAGCGUUGAAAUUCAUGCACACAGCUAAUGUGUACCAUCGAGAUCUUAAGCCAAAAAAUAUAUUGGCAAAUGCAAAUUGUAAACUCAAAAUAUGUGAUUUUGGAUUGGCAAGGGUUGCAUUCAGUGAUACGCCAACCACUAUAUUUUGGACGGAUUAUGUUGCUACAAGGUGGUACCGUGCACCAGAGCUAUGUGGGUCUUUCUUCUCCAAGUAUACACCUGCUAUUGAUAUCUGGAGUAUCGGAUGUAUUUUUGCGGAGGUCCUGACAGGGAAACCAUUAUUUCCGGGCAAAAGUGUUGUUCACCAGUUGGAUUUGAUUACUGAUCUUCUUGGAACGCCACCAGCUGAUAUCAUAUCUGGGGUUCGUAAUGAGAAGGCAAGGAAGUAUUUGACAGACAUGAAGAAAAAGAGCCCAGUUCCUUUUACUGAGAAAUUUCCAAAAGCAGAUCCUUUGGCACUUCGACUGUUGCAGAGGUUGUUAGCAUUUGAUCCAAAGGAUCGCCCAACUGCUGAAGAGGCUUUGGCUGAUCCGUACUUCAAAGGACUGGCCAAGAUUGAGAGGGAACCUUCUAGUCAACCAAUCUCGAAGAUGGAGUUCGAGUUUGAGCGACGAAGGGUCACAAAGGAUGACAUCCGAGAACUAAUAUUUAGGGAGAUACUAGAGUUUCAUCCUCAACUUCUGAAGGACUACAUGGCUGGAAAUAGUGGUGCAAAUUUCCUUUAUCCUAGUGCCAUUGGUAAUUUCAGAAGGCAAUUUGCUUAUCUUGAAGAAAAUAGUGGUAGAAGUGCCCCAGUAAUUCCUCCUGGUCGAAAGCACGUCUCUCUCCCACGAUCUACUGUAAAUUCCAGUACCAUCCCCCCCAGAACACAGCAGAAUCCCAUGUUUGAUCAUAGGCAAGUAACUGAAAAGGUAACUGCUGGCGUCAGAGUCUCAGACCAGAAGGUUUUGCCUUCACGACCACCACCUCGAGUACCCACAGCUAAACCUGGAAGAGUUUUAUCAUAUGAUGGUGACAGAAGCAUCAAAGAAGUUACUGAUGGAAGAGUAUAUCCACAGAACUCAGCCGUCCCACCUUAUGGCAUGUCUCCGCAUUAUUUGUACAGAAGCAACUCUCCACAUCUAGAGAAGUGUGGGACAGUAGAAGAUAAGGACCGGUCUCAAGUUAAACCGCAACCUGGGCAGUGCAUGGUUGCCAAGUCAACCGCUAGUAUGAGUUUUGAGAUGAACACUAACCCUUAUUACAAUACACAGGCGAGGGUAUCACAUUUGGGAGGUCAAAUCCCCAUAGAUGCAAAACUAAUACAGGCGCAAACACAGUUUGGUGCAGUCGGUGCUGCAGCUGUCGCCGUUGCCGCUCACCGUGAGGUUGGCACCGUUCAGUAUGGUCUAACCUAGCAGAGACUAUCGCUGAUGUUUCUUUGAAUCAAGUAAAGCAUCCACCUUGUAGUUGAGACAGUUGAAGGAGUGCAUUUUCCUCAAACCCCAAGCAGCAUGGGUGAUUUAAAGAGGUAUCUGUUAACGCAGUAGAAGAAAACCAUUUAUCUGGCAUUAGUCGUCAGAGUCUCUAAAUAGGCGCAUUCUUUAGCUUUUAGUUAGUCCUGUUGAGUUAGUAUUUAUGUCGUUGUAUAUAUAUAGGCGCUGCAUCAUUGAUAUUAAUGAAGAAAAAAAUUCUGUUUUCCUUUCUUCCUA